AAGAUAGCCGACUCAUCAUCAUCAGCUUUCUUUCUAUAUAAAUCUCAUUUCCUAAAAUUGCUAAAAUCUCCUCCCUCUGCAAUUUCAGUUCUCCUCGUCGUUCUGCGAAGCAAUCAGUUUCUCCCGGAGCAUUACUCGGGCAAGGGGAUCCAUUUGUUUUCCCCGCAGGAAUCGCUUAUGGCUUCGAAGCGGAUCUUGAAGGAGCUCAAGGAUCUCCAAAAGGAUCCCCCUACCUCUUGCAGUGCUGGUCCUGUUGCGGAGGAUAUGUUUCACUGGCAAGCGACGAUCAUGGGUCCUCCUGAUAGUCCAUAUGCCGGUGGAGUUUUCCUUGUUACUAUUCAUUUUCCUCCGGACUAUCCAUUCAAGCCUCCUAAGGUUGCUUUCAGGACUAAAGUGUUCCACCCAAAUAUUAACAGCAAUGGAAGCAUAUGCCUCGACAUAUUGAAGGAGCAGUGGAGCCCUGCCCUGACUAUUUCCAAGGUACUGCUUUCCAUUUGUUCAUUGUUGACAGACCCGAACCCUGACGAUCCUUUGGUGCCCGAGAUUGCACAUAUGUAUAAAACUGACCGUGCCAAGUAUGAAAGCACUGCAAGGAGCUGGACUCAGAAGUAUGCAAUGGGGUAACUAUGUUUGGUAUGGAUGACGAGGAUUUUAAAAAUCUAGUCGAAUGAAAUAGUGUUAGAUCUAUCUUUGACGUCCCAAAUCUGGACCGGGGAUAGAUAUAUCCAAGAUGGAAAGACGCGUGUUGCUUUAAGAAUGUUUGUAUUUGUGUAGUUUAUGUUUGAAAUACUUCAUGCAAUUUUCUUAAUUGUUUUCAUGCUGCCUUUUAAGCCGUAAAAGUUUCUGUGCGCUAAUGAAAUGUGACUGUUAUUGGGGCUAA